AUGAUACUUCUUAGCGACAAGAUGCUGCUUUCUAGUGACAAGAUGCUGCUUCCUAGUGACAAGAUGCUGCUUCCUAGUGACAAGAUGCUGCUUCCUAGAGACAAGAUGCUGCUUCCUAGUGACAAGAUGCUGCUUCCUAGUUACAAGAUGCUGCUUCCUAGUGACAAGAUGCUGCUUCCUAGUGACAAGAUGCUGCUUCCUAGUUACAAGAUGCUGCUUCCUAGAGACAAGAUGCUGCUUCCUAGUGACAAGAUGCUGCUUCCUAGUGACAAGAUGCUGCUUCCUAGUGACAAGAUGUUGCUUCCUAGUGACAAGAUGCUGCUUCCUAGUGACAAGAUGCUGCUUCCUAGUGACAAGAUGCUGCUUCCUAGUGACAAGAUGCUGCUUCCUAGUGACAAGAUGCUGCUUCUUAGUGACAAGAUGCUGCUUCCUAGUGAAAAGAUGCUGCUUCCUAGUGACAAGAUGCUGCUUCCUAGUGACAAGAUGUUGCUUCCUAGUGACUUUAUGACUAUUGACUAG